UGAAUGGGAGCUUGUUGCUGCCGUGUCGAGCUUGUUUGGUUUUUAAUAUCAUUUCUCUUGUGUCGCUGUUGAUUACAGGACGGAAACCCAGGGGGGUUCGAGCUAUCUUCCGGUAUCUUAUGGCAGCAUUGUCUUAAGAAGUUCUUUGCCCGAUCGAUCUGCAGUAGUACUGCUAUCAACACCCUUGACGGUCUCCACCAUCAACACUUGACCAUGGCCCAGGUUCUCGAGUUGCCUGGGGAAGCUAAUCCUCUAAGCCAUGAGAAUGUGCUCAAUGCAAUGAUUCUAGCUGCCAGCUCUACGCAGCAGCAGGUGCAGACGGGUACUCAGCAACUCCAGAAUUGGGAGAAGCAGGAGAAGUACCAUUCCUUUCUGCAGGAUAUAUUCCUAGAUUACUCCGUACCGAUCGAGGUCCGAUAUCUUUCCAUUAUACAGUUGAAAAAUGGCAUCGACAAAUUCUGGCGAAAGACUGCGACAAAUGCAAUCAAGAAAGAAGAGAAAGAUCAUAUCAAGACUAGGGCCCUCCAAGCUGGUGUGGUUGAGCCCGCUCCUCUUUUGGCCCUUCACAACUCGUUGAUGAUUGCGAAAAUCAUGCGUUACGAAUUUCCCGCAGAAUGGCCCGAUGGAAUCACCUCGGCCAUUGCCUUCCUUCGAUCGUCGACUCAGCCUGGCGCGAACCCAUUACAGCUACCUCGGACCCUUACAAUCAUCCUACAAAUUAUCAAAGAGUUGUCCACCGCCAGAUUGCAAAGGACGCGUGCGCAUCUUCAAAGCGUUUCUCCGGAGAUAUUCAAUCUGCUGGGCAGCAUAUAUGUGGACAAAGUGAACAAAUGGGGCGCCUUCUUGGAGCAGGGCGGGGCCGAUGAGGCAGCUUUGAUAGAUGCACUCGAACAGAGCUUGAUAUGCUUGAAGGUCGUUCGACGACUGGUCAUCGCGGGAUUCGAGCACCCCAGCCGUGCUAAUGAAGUCCGAGACUUCUGGGUUCUCACUCACUCUCAUUUCAGCAGAUUCCUUUCGUUCGUGCAUGGCUCGGUCACACUACCAGAGCCAGUCCACAGAGCGAUUGAGAAACACCUCUUGCAGUUGUCUAAACUCCAUGUGGAAAUGGCAAAAACACAUCCUGCCUCUUUCGCCUUGCUCCCGGAUAGUAUUCCUCUGGUGCAAUCAUACUGGAGUUUGGUCGUCAAACUUAGUGAGGAUUACGGCAAAUUAGGAGCUGACGGGGAGUCGGAAGGAAAGUCCUUGAUGGAGAAAACUGGACUUAGGGCACUACUUCUGAUUAGAGCUUGCGCGAGGAUGGCAUUCAAUCCAGUCCAGACAUUCAAAUAUCAGACACCUCAAGAUAAGGAAGAGAAGAAACAAUCGGUCGAGCUGAUCAAGUCGCAACUAUUCACACAAGAAUUUGUGGUCUCUGUCAUGGAACUUCUUGUUACCCAGUUCUUUAAGUUUAGAAAAAGUGACUUCCAGGAAUGGGAGGAAGACCCUGAGGAGUGGGAGAGAAAGGAGGAAGAUGUCGCUGAAGCAUGGGAGUUUUCCAUUCGCUCUUGUUCCGAAAAGCUUUUCCUUGACCUCGUCAUUCAUUUUAAGGAGCUGCUCAUCCCACGUCUGUUGAGUGUGUUCUAUUCCUUUGCAAGCCCUGAAGGACGCGACGUGCUAUUGAAGGAUUCGUUGUAUUCAGCUAUUGGACUGGCCUCUGCAAGUUUAGAGCAGCACCUGGAUUUCAACACGUUCCUGCAAUCAACCCUGGUACCAGAGGUUCAGAUCCAAGAGCAAGGAUAUAACCUUCUUAGAAGGAGGAUUGCAAUUGUGCUUGGUCAAUGGGUCCCAGUGAAACCCGGCGAGUUGAACAGAGAUGCUAUCUACCAGAUCUUCCAGCACUUGCUUAACAAGCAGGAUCCGUUGAACGAUCUUGUCGUCCGGAUUACUGCAGGCAGACAGCUCCGUAACGUGCUUGACCCUUACGAAUUUUCCCCUACUGGAUUUAUGCCAUACGCGCCAGCCAUACUCCAGGGUCUCAUGUCCCUUAUUGAAGAGGUUGAACUCUCUGAAAUUAAAAUGGGCCUCUUGGAGACAGUUCGUGUGGCGGUGGUCAAGAUGGAAGAUCACAUUACCCCCUUCUCGGAUCAGAUCUUGUCCUUAUUGCCUCCGCUUUGGGAACAUUCGGGCGAGGAACAUUUAAUGAAGCAGGCGAUUCUCACUCUCCUUUCUUCUUUGAUACACUCUCUCAAACAAGAUUCGGCGCGGUACCACUCUUUGAUUCUGCCUCUCAUUCAAAGCUCGGUGGAGCCGGGCUCUGAUACCCUGAUAUACCUCCUGGAUGAGGCGCUAGAGCUCUGGUCCGCGAUUAUUAUGCAAACUCCAUCGCCAGCUUCUCCUGAGAUUCUCUCCCUUCUUCCCGCCCUCUUCCCGAUCUUCGAAGCCGCCACAGACAGUGUUCCCCAAGCUCUUCAAAUCGCAGAAUCCUACAUCAUCCUUGCUCCUCAGGAGGUGCUCAGCGACCGUAUCAGAUUCCACCUCCUCACCUCCUUCGAGAGCCUUCUACAAAUAACUACCCGCCAGCGUUUGGGCAUUGUCCCCCGCCUCGUGGAGCUCAUAAUCCGCGGUGCCGAAACGGUGGAUGGCGGCAGCGAACAAAGCUACCAAGUCCUCGCCCAAUCGCUUCUCGACAGUUCAUUCUUAGCAUCUCUCCUCGAAGGCCUUCACUCCGCCCACGAAGCCAGCCAAACCACCGGACCCAACAGAAAAACCACCUCUGUCUAUGGCGUAGUCGAGACAGACUACUUCUCCGUCCUCGCCCGCCUGGCUCUCGCCAACCCCAAGAUCUUCGUCUCCGCCGUUUCCGCCGCAACAGCAACAUCAGACGAACAGGUCAUGACCUGGAUCCUGACCGAGUGGUUCCUCCAUUACGAUAACAUCGGCAGCGUUAACCAAAAGAAACUACACGCCCUCGCCCUCACCCAGAUCCUGACUCUCAAUGGCCCAGACUCCCAGCCCCCGCAUUACAUUCUCAACCACCUUCAGUCCUACCUGAACAUCUGGACUGAUAUCGUCACCGAACUUUCCGAAGGCGCCGGUGAGGACCCCAAUGACCCGCGAGGCGGAGAUUACCUGGUCGUCUGGAACAAUGCCCAGACAGGCAAGUACGACGAAAACGAGCCACCGGAGAACGAACGUCGACGCGACUGGGAGGGAUCGGACGUGAUCCACAAGAUCAACAUUCGAGACUUUAUCCGACAGCGUCUCCACUCGUUGAUUGUGGGUUGUGGGGGUGAGCAGCGGUUCCAGGAGGAGUGGCUUCUCAAUGUCGAUCGUGACGUUGUUGCUGCAUUUGGGGCUUUGGGCCUUAUUUGAUUGUGAUCCUCAAUUUUAGCCGCCUUGGGAUAGGUAGUUGAAUUGCUACCUAGGAGAUUUUGCAUGCUGUUCCGGCCGUUGCAGAUCUGCUUAUUUGGG